AUGAGCCAGCCCAGGCCCCGCUACGUGGUAGACAGAGAUGCAUACUCCCUUACCCUCUUCGAUGAUGAGUUUGAGAAGAAGGACCGCACAUACCCAGUAGGAGAGAAACUUCGCAAUGCCUUCAGAUGCUCCUCAGCCAAGAUCAAAACUGUGGUGUUUGGGCUCCUCCCUGUGCUCUCGUGGCUCCCCAAGUACAAGAUCAAAGACUACAUUAUCCCUGACCUGCUUGGUGGACUCAGCGGUGGAUCAAUCCAGGUCCCACAAGGUAUGGCAUUUGCUCUGCUGGCCAACCUUCCUGCAGUCAAUGGCCUCUACUCCUCUUUCUUCCCCCUGCUGACCUACUUCUUCUUGGGGGGUGUGCACCAGAUGGUACCAGGUACCUUUGCCGUUAUCAGUAUCCUGGUGGGUAACAUCUGUCUGCAGCUGGCCCCAGAGUCAAAAUUUCGGAUCUUCAACAAUGCCACCAAUGAGAGCUACGUGGAUACAGUGGCCAUGGAGGCAGAGAGGCUGCAUGUGUCAGCUACGCUAGCCUGCCUGACUGCUGUCAUUCAGAUGGGCCUGGGUUUCGUGCAAUUCGGCUUUGUGGCCAUCUACCUCUCUGAGUCCUUCAUCCGGGGCUUCAUGACAGCUGCUGGCCUGCAGAUCCUGAUCUCGGUGCUCAAAUACGUCUUUGGAUUGACCAUCCCCUCCUACACAGGCCCAGGGGCCAUUGUCUUUACCUUCAUUGACAUUUGCAAAAACCUCCCCCACACCAACAUCGCCUCGCUCAUCUUCGCCCUCAUCAGCGGUGCCUUCCUGGUGCUGGUGAAGGAACUCAAUGCUCGCUACAUGCACAAGAUCCGCUUCCCCAUCCCCACAGAGAUGAUUGUGGUGGUGGUGGCGACAGCUAUCUCUGGGAGCUGUAAGAUGCCCAAAAAGUACCACAUGCAGAUCGUGGGAGAGAUCCAACGUGGGUUCCCCACUCCAGUGUCACCUGUGGUUUCUCAGUGGAAGGACAUGAUUGGUACAGCCUUCUCCCUUGCCAUCGUGAGCUACGUCAUCAACCUGGCUGUGGGCCGGACCCUGGCCAGCAAGCAUGGCUAUGAUGUGGAUUCUAACCAGGAAAUGAUUGCCCUGGGCUGCAGCAACUUUUUUGGCUCCUUCUUUAAAAUCCAUGUCAUCUGCUGUGCACUCUCAGUCACUCUGGCUGUGGAUGGAGCUGGAGGAAAAUCCCAGGUGUCAAGCCUAUGUGUGUCCCUGGUGGUGAUGAUCACCAUGCUGGUCCUGGGAUCCUAUCUGUACCCUCUUCCCAAGUCUGUGCUAGGAGCCUUGAUAGCCGUCAACCUCAAGAACUCCCUCAAGCAACUCGCUGACCCCUACUAUUUGUGGAGGAAGAACAAGCUGGACUGUUGUGUCUGGGUGGUGAGCUUCCUCUCUUCCUUCUUCCUGAGCCUGCCAUAUGGUGUGGCAGUGGGUGUCGCCUUCUCCGUCCUGGUUGUGGUCUUCCAGACCCAGUUUCGAAAUGGCUCUGCUCUGGCCCAGGUCAUGGACACUGACAUUUAUGUGAAUCCCAAGACCUACAAUAGGGUCCAGGAAAUUACCGGGGUUAAAAUCGUCACUUACUGCUCCCCUCUCUACUUUGCCAACUCAGAGAUCUUCAGGCAAAAGGUCAUUGCCAAGACAGGUGUGGACCCCCAGAAAGUAUUACUGGCCAAGCAAAAAUACCUCAAGAAGCAGGAGUUGGGGAGAAAGAUGCCCACACAACAGAGGAAAUCUCUAUUCAUGAAAACCAAGACUAUCUCCCUGCAGGAGCUCCAGCAGGACUUUGAGAAUGCCUCUCCCACCGACCCCAACAAUAACCAGACAGCUGCUAAUGGUACCAGCGUGUCCUACAUCACCUUCAGCCCUGACACCUCUUCACCUGCCCACUGUGAGCUACCAGCUUUGGCUGAGUCCCCUGGUGAACCCAGUGACACCUUGGCCAGCGUCCCACCCUUUGUCACCUUCCACACCCUCAUCCUCAACAUGAGUGGAGUCAGCUUUGUGGAUCUGAUGGGCAUCAAAGCCCUGGCCAAGCUGAGCACCACCUUCGGGAAGAUCGGUGUGAAGGUCUUCUUGGUGAACAUUCAUGCCCAGGUGUACAAUGACAUUAGCCAUGGAGGCAUCUUUGAAGAUGGAGGUCUGGAGCGCAGCCAUAUCUUCCCCAGCAUACACGAUGCAGUCCUCUUCGCACAGGCAAAUGCCAGAGACAUGGCCCCAGAACACAACUUCCAAGGGGCUCCAGUGGACCCUGAGCUUUCCUUGUAUGAUUCGGAGGACAGCCCCAGUUACUGGGACUUAGAGCAGGAGAUGUUCGGGAGCAUGUUUCACUCAGAGACUCUGACUGCCCUGUGA